AUGGUUGAGGUGUACCAGCUGUCGGCUAGCACGCCAUGCCCGGUCCCCGCGGGCGGCAAGACGGAUGUAUCUGGAGCCCAACCCGGCCCAGGGCGGCGGCGUAGUGCCGCGGAUUGCAGCCGCCAGGGGCCCCUGCAGCCGGCGCACUGUGAUGUCCCCGCAGAGACGGUGGCGCGCAGGAAAGAGGCAGGUCCGUUGACGGUGAUGGAAAAGCGGGCGCUGGAGCAAGGAUCUGCUCCAGCGUUGGAUCUGCUGGAGCAGAUCCUUGUCGCGGCAGUGCAGGCAGCGGUGGCAGCGGGUGACCUGCCGACCGCCGCCGGCAACGCCCCUUACCCAAAUCCAGCUGUACGCUGCUGCACCGAUAAGCAACGCCAGUCGCUGCCAGCCGACGUCCGCUUUACAUCAUCGGCGGCGUUCCAGAUGGCAGCGGCCAUCGCGCGCAGGGGCAGCUCUGCCGCCGCGACGACAGGUGGGAGGUCCCAGGAUGGCGGCUGCAGCAGUGGCGGUGGUGGUGCAGCACACCUCUCUGGUCAGCCGGACAUGUCAAAGCUGCCUAAGCAGCUGGGCAAGGCGUUCCAGCCGCCGGAGGGCGCGCUUUCAGCGCAGAAGGUGGCGGAGGUGCUCGCUAGGCAUUUUAACGCCCUCAUCUCCUCUGGUGGCACUGAGGAUGGGACUGCCGCAGAGGGGGGGGCCCAGGUAGCGCGGCUUAGUGGCCCGGGGCUGAGCGGAAGCUUGGCGGCGUGGGAGUGGCAUACAGUGGGCAAGCCUGAGGCGUACGCUGCGAACGGCCAUUUAAAUAUCCGCUUGCGGCUACCACUAUCCAGCGGCGACGGCAUCGAUGCAAGCAACAACAGUAAUGGACCUGCUACUGCAGCUGUGGCUGGUGGCAGUGAAGUGGCAGCGGCUGCGGACGAGGUCAAUGGUGCACAGUCCCAGGGCCCGGCCACAGCGUCGCACGUGUGCAGCGGUCGCAGCUUGAGCUCCGGCCCUAACCCUAGGCCUAGCUUGCGGACCAAUGCCGUUCCGCGGAACCAGCCUUGCACAGCGGCCCCGCCGACGCCGGGGAGUACGGCCCAGACCAAGUCGCGACACACGACGGCGCUGGCUGGCACUCCAGCUGCCAGCAGCCCGGACCCUGACUCGUUGGCAAUGCCCAGCGGGCGACUGCAGAUCCGGAUGGUGCCCAGCCGAUUCCUUGAUGAGGAGUUUGAGCUGUAUAAGAAGUACCAGAUGGCACAGCAUGGGGACGAGCCAUAUCAGCUGAGUCGCGCGUCGUACACGCGCUUCCUGGUGGACUCCCCGCUGCCCCAUGUGGGUCGCGAUAGGGACCGCUCAGCGCCCGAGUGCGGCUACGGCUCCUUCCACCAGCAGUACUGGCUGGACGGAAAGCUGAUCGCUGUGGGCGUCGUGGAUGUGCUGCCCCGCUGCCUGUCCUCCGUGUACUUCUUUUGGGAUACCUCCCUGGCAUCACUGGCACUGGGUAGAUUCUCCGCUCUGCAGGCGAGUGAAGCGGAGGGCAGCCGAGGGGAAAUCUUGUGGGUGCAACGGCAGAUUCCGACUUCGCCUGAUCUGCACUACUACUACAUGGGCUUCUAUAUCCACACCUGUCCCAAGAUGCGUUACAAGGCCGAGUACCGAACAUCUGACCUCUUGUGUCCCGUGCGCAAGGUGUGGGUGCGCAUCACACCCCAAUUGCUUGCAGCGAUUGAGCGGAGCCCCUACGUGGCACUCUCUGCCCAGGACGGGGCGCUCUGCCAGGCCAAUUUGGCGGCGCGGCCCACACCUAGUACGGCACCCGCAGCUACGACGGAUGUACACAGUGUAAACACGCCUGGCGGUAAAGAAGACUGCAAUCCUAUGGACGAGACCGCAAUGGAUGAGACGCUCGUCCUCCUACCUGGGAAAGACGCGGCAGCGGGUCCAAUAUCUUUGAAGGUUCUGCGCCGGUGCAACUUCUUCUCACAGCGCGUGCUGCAGAUGAUCGAGAAUGCCAUCCGCGAAUGGCGCAGCGCAGUGGGCUGGGCGGCACCGUCUCUCGUGUACCAAUUAUGAAGGUCCAAGUCAGAUUGCGUCCCCAGUUUGGCAGGCUUGAAACGAUCAGCGAAGAUUGGAUUACGGCGUUUGAUUUGCAGGCAAGGCAGGCUGGUAGCGAGCGUAGGCGUUGUGUAUGCGCAAGUGAACCUGAUUUUCGAGACUCAAGCGGGUUGGAUGGAAUACUUCAACGGAUGUCGAGAACUGUCCAAGUUCAUAUUGCGCAUACAGGAUCUCAACUAUGAACACAGGCAUGUGACACUGGUAUGGGCUUUGUGGGCCGUCCCUGGCGGAUUUUGGCGGCCAGGAAGAACCUCGGGACGAACAGCGUACGUUGCUAGGGAUUUGCGUCAUGCGCCGGACAGGAUGCAGAACGCAAGGAUGCGAGCAAUAGAUGCACUAGAACAUAACCCUUGAAGACUUUAACAGAGCGUUUCGUUGGAAAAGUAAAUGUUUUUAAGCAGCCCCUCGC